AUGGAUUUCGAUCGUGCACCGAGCUCUAAGGUCGAUCAGAAGAUGUCUCGUUCUAUGAGGCGCUUCAUGGAGGCCAAACGUCUGGCUGAGAAGCUAACGACCAAGACUGGAAAGAAACGGGUGCAGGAGAAGAAAAAAACCGUUGAAGUACCCGUUUCGACGGCUUCGGGCCAGAAGGACAAGCCUGAAACCAAAACAGUCAAGCAGCGAGCAGACGAGACCAACGAGGACUUCGCCUCACGGGUUGAGCAGCAAUUCCGCUCAGUACUUCACACUAACGUCAAGAAGGGAACGCGUAAGAACGAGAAGCGAACGGCUUACUUUGACAAGAAGAAAACGGCCAAGAAAGCCAGUGCUACGGGUCAAGGCUUGUCGGGCGAGAAGAAGAUUGACGCAGAGAUCAAGGAGGCGGAGAGCAAGGUGUUCAGGAAUGAGAAGGUGGCAUUCGGUGUGUCAGCAAUGGCACCGCCCACUCUCUCCGUGGCUCCAAGGCGCACGGCUAUGAGAGAUAGUGCCGCUCCUCUUUUAUUGGACACUACCGUGAGGCGGAAAGACAUGAAUGAGAGCCAGAAACGUCAGCACGACGAGAAACGCGAAGCUGCGAUUCAGAAG